CUGCUGCGGCCGCACCCGCGCGCGGCCGGGGGCGGGGCCGCGGCCUCCUGGCGGAGCGGCUGCCGCGCGGGGCGGCGGCGGCGGCGGAGCGGUGGCGGAGCGAUGGCGUGCGGCGGCUUCGCCUGCUCCAAGAACUGCCUGUGCGCCCUCAACCUGCUCUACACGCUGGUGAGCCUGCUGCUGAUUGGAAUUGCAGCAUGGGGAAUUGGCUUCGGCCUCAUCUCUAGUUUCAGAGUUGUUGGAGUGGUAAUUGCAGUAGGAGUCUUCCUCUUCUUUAUUGCCUUAGUUGGAUUGAUUGGUGCAGUGAAACAUCAUCAAGUAUUGCUAUUCUUUUACAUGAUUAUUCUUCUGCUAGUGUUUAUUGUCCAGUUUUCUGUCUCCUGUGCAUGUUUGGCACUAAAUGAGGAACAGCAGAGUGAACUUCUGGAGGUGGGAUGGAGUAACACCAACAGCGCAAGAACAGAUAUUGAGAGAAAUCUGAACUGUUGUGGAUUCAGAGUAUUUUAUGCGAAUGAAACCUGCGCUGCUGAUUGUCUUAGAACUCUCCACUGUAGACCAUGUGCACCGAUAAUGGAAGAAUAUUCUGGAAUGGUGCUGAGGUUUGUCGGAGGGAUAGGACUCUUCUUCAGUUUCACAGAGAUUCUGGGAGUCUGGCUGACUUACAGAUACAGGAACCAAAAGGAUCCCCGUGCAAACCCUAGUGCAUUUAUUUGAUAAGUUUAUAAAGGACUAAAUCUUCUCUCUGCACCCUCUACUUAAAAAUACUGAUUCUCCAUAGUUUGGUAUUUCUCCAUAAUAGGUAUUCUACAUGUACCUGAAAUAAAACUCAAGUUCUGUAAGAUAUGUGUAGUUUUCAUAUUUAAUUUCUACUAUUUUUCUUCUAAGAAUCUUUAUCUUAAAGUAGAUGGGUGCAUUCAGUAACUGGGCAGAGUUGAACUGCUGGUUAAGAUUUUGUUAAUUGAUAUGGUGAACUCUGUAAAAUGAGUUUUAUAGCACUACUGGGUUAUCUGGUGGAAAAAAAACCCCAGAGGUAUUUUCUGCUGUAUUUGCUGAUUACAAAAAUUCACCUGAAUUCUCAUUAAAAUGAUAAAAAUUUA